AUGAGAGUUGCGAAGGAAGAUCUGACAGUCAUCUCUCUAUCAGAGCAGCCGAAGGCAGAGUCUUCUUCUCAAAAUGGAGAAAAGGAUAUCGACGAUGAGCCUGGUUCGGUUCCAAUGAAGUAUAAAGGAACGGCUCACGACAAAAAGGAAAUGAGCUUCCUGGGCAAGAAGCAGCGUAACUUCAAGUUCCUCACAAUGCUGGGAUUUGCAAGUACCGUGAUGGCCAGUUGGGAAAUUCUUCUCCCGCUUUUCACGUUUGUCCUGACGGAUGGAGGUACUGCUCUUCUUUUCUGGGGAUUUAUCGCGGUUGGGCUUGGAAUGCUGUUGGUUUAUGCAAGUAUCGCGGAAUUGGCAUCAAUGUCUCCAACGGCUGGUGGACAGUAUCAUUGGGUCUCGGAAUUUGCUCCUCCCAGCAUUCAGAAACCUCUAAGUUACAUCGUUGGCUGGCUCUCAGCCAUCGGGUGGCAAGUUUACCUUGCUGGCGUUUGCUUCAUGGUCGGCACUAUCAUUCAAGGCUUGAUUGCUCUGAAUGUAACGGACUAUGUGUGGCACGCCUGGCAUGGCACUCUUCUCACCAUUGCCACCAUAGCAUUCUCGAUCGCUUUCAACACCGUGUUGGCUGUGCAACUACCUCUUAUCGAGGGCAUGGUGUUGAUCCUUCAUUUCGCUGGUUUCUUCGCCAUUACCAUCCCUCUCUGGGUCAUGGCUCCCCGUGCCAAUGCUCACGAUGCUUUGCUGGAGUUUACCAACCUUGGCGGUUGGCCUAGCACAGGACUUUCGGCCAUGAUUGGCUUGACGACACCUUUGAGCGUGCUUAUCGGGUACGAUUGCUCAGUCCACAUGUCUGAAGAAAUUCGAGAUGCGUCAAUUACACUCCCUAAUGCUAUCAUGUGGUCGGUGGGUGUCAACGCAACCCUUGGAUUUAUUAUGGCAGUCACCUUGAUCUUCACUCUGGGCGACGUCGAUUCCCUCUCUGCCUCCGUUACCAGACAGCCUUUCAUUCAACUUUUCUACAACGGCACCCGUAGUUACGGCGCAGUCAACGCCAUGACAGCCGUGGUAAUCAUUCUGCUCACUUCCUGCUGUGUCAGUGAAGUAGCCACCGCAUCAAGACAAAUUUGGUCAUUUUCUCGAGACCGAGGUUUGCCUAGUUCGUCUUGGUUGUCUAAGGUGUCUCCCGGCUGGAACAUCCCUCUUCGCGCUGUUGGUGUUUCACUCGCCGUGAGCUCUUUGCUUUCUCUCAUCAACCUUGGAUCUUCGGUUGCUCUGAACGCGAUCAAUUCCCUCGGUGGCGUCUCCAUCCUCACAUCGUAUUUCAUCACCAUCAGCUGUCUGGUCUGGAGGCGACUCAGAGGACCACCAUUACCACCACAUCGAUGGUCAUUAGGAAAAUAUGGCCUGUACAUUAACAUUGCCGCCCUCAUAUUCCUCACACCCGUCUGGUUUUUUGCUUUUUGGCCAUUGGCUACACCGGUAACGGCCGAAUCGAUGAACUGGUCUUCAACAAUGUUCGGAGGCACCAUCAUCAUUGCCGUUCUUUACUAUAUCUUCGGGGCAAGGCAUGUAUACAGUGGUCCCGUCAUGCUCAUGAAGCGAGACGGGUGA